AGAUUUAGUGCCACCAAGGUCAUUUACGUCAUUGUAUUGGCACAUCGCAAGGUCGCGUGAAGGGAGUUAAUGACGAAUAUGGGAAAAUUACGUUUUGCUGUAAGUUGCUCGAGCAACAUGAAUAGGAGUAUGGAGGCUCACAGUUUCCUGCAAAAGAGAGGCUUCAAUGUAGAAUCGUUUGGUUCAGGGAGUCAAGUCAAAUUACCAGGACCCACACCAGAUCGGCCAAAUUGCUAUGAUUUUGGAGUGGCCACAUAUGACUUCAUAUAUAAUGACUUGAAACAAAAGGAUCCUCAGCUAUAUACACAGAAUGGUUUAUUAAAUAUGUUGGAUCGCAAUCGCAGGAUAAAAGAUAUGCCACAGAAAUUUCAGCAUUUCAACGGAAAAUUUGAUGUAAUAAUAUGCCUAGAAGAAAGAGUAUAUGAUCAGAUAGUGGAAGAUUUACAGACGCGUGAUACGAAUGAAGGGGAUAGCGUACAUGUCAUCAAUAUUGAUAUACAGGAUAACCACGAAGAAGCUACUAUAGGAGCUUUAUUUGUUUGCGAUUUAUGUGCAAAGUUGGAAGCUUGCGAAGAUUUAGAUAAUGAAAUUGAUGAAGUGUUAACAGAAUUUGAACAGAAUAAUAGCCAACGAAACAUUUUGCAUACGAUUUGUUUCUAUUGA